AUGGCAUUGAAAGACCGAUUGCGUCGCGCGAUGGGUCGCUCCGAACCAUCCCCGAUCGAAUAUACCCGUUCAACAUCCACCAUAAAUCGUUCUCGCUCCACUAGCACCCCCACAUCCACUCCCACUUCCACAGCCUCCUCUUCACCUCCCAUCACACUUAUCAAGACAACAUCCUCGCGGCUGUCAAAACGAUUCACAUUUCAAAGCAAGGCCAAGCGCGAAGCGAAGAGCCGGCAGCGAUUAGAGGAUUGGGAAAGGCGAGAUGCUGAAGAAUGGAAUGUGCCGACGGUUAAGCGUCCCGGGCGUAAAAGCCAGCACCAUCAAGAUAUACUAAGGACCUUUGAGUGGCAAUUUGGGAGGAAGAGCAGGGAUGGUGUGCCGAGGCGGAGUGCGAGUAUUUGGAGCGGUAUUAGUCCGGGUACUAGUAUGAUGGAGACUACGGAUGAGGGGGGUUUGGAUAGGGUAUUAUCUGUGAAUAGGAGUGAAAGGAAUGGGAGGGCAGGACAACAGGUUCCGGGGAACGCUGAGCCGGGCAAUUAA